AUGGACGAGAAAGGAGUUCCUAAUGGUCACCCGGAUUUUAUAAUUCCUCUUGUUUUAACCUCAAAAACACAAGAGAUCUUCCAGUGCCGUAUAGACGAGGAUGUAACACUAGAAAGUCCUUAUAAGCUAGUAAAGAAAGCAGACAUCCUUAACGACCUCAAAACGAGGGCCGCUGUAUCCGAUUUCCAUCCAUUCAAAAAACUUCUGAAUGACUAUCCCGGAGAAGAAUUUUUGAUCGUUCUUGAUGCAGAUUUCAAAUAUGGACAGAAUUUUUACCUUGUUAUCUCAGAAGAAGCUAAGGAAAAUCUACUUCAUCCUCCCGAAUCUUUGACUGACCAAGAAACGGAGGAAGAGGAGAAUGAAUAUAUAUACCAAGCUCCAGUCUCCAAGCCUUGGGUUUCUCUUGGUAGCGAAGCUGAAGUAGAAGUGGAAAUGGUUAAAAACACGCAACCCAAGAUAACGUUUAUGAUUUCACGGGCUUACAGAGAGUUCAGGUCACAGAUUGAUUUUGAAGACCGCAAUGCAUCAAGUGUGAGAGAUGGCUACAUUGAGUGUAAGUCAUAUCCAGACAAACGAUUCAACCUUAAACUUAUGGAAAGAGAUACUGGAGUACAGGUUGUGCCAAUGAUAGAAGAGAAGAGCACGCAGACAAACUGGGCGUACCCUAAAAAUGCCUGCACUCAGUACCAGCCAAGAGAAUUUUCAGAGGAAGAAAAAAAUGCUUGUAUGUCAUCUAAAAGUAUGAAAGAAUUUAUUAAUUCUGUAUCUUUAAGACUUGAAAUGUCGCUUCAGCAAAACGAGAUUAUGAACGCCUUCUCUGAUGACUGGAAAGCACUAUCACAAGAAGAAACUACAUUUGGAGGCAAAUCAAAUUCUCACCUCAAAGAGUUCCAGUCGUUUACCGAUUUGCGUUUCAGCAAAGAGAAAACCAUCAGCUGUAUUAAUUGGCAUCCAACUAUUUCUGGAUUGAUUGCGGUUUCAGUCACAGAAAGACUUUCCUUUGAAGAACGUUUGAAUGAAUCAUCAAAGCUAAUCUUGAAACCUUCCCUGAUUAUUUUCUGGAGCUUCAAUGAUCCAAUACAUCCCCAGUUGUUGCUUCAGUGUCCAGAUGACAUUUACUGCUUCCAGUUUUGUCCAAGUAACUCGAACAUUAUAGCAGGGGGCUGCAUCAAUGGGCAGGUUGUACUGUGGGACAUCUCAGCACAUGAAGAAAAGCUAAUGGUAAAAACAGGUGCUCACCAGAGUUUGGCUCCAAAGACUGGUCUUGAAGAAAAGAUGCCAAAAGAGCCACCAUUUGUCAGAUUUUGUGCAGUUUCAUCUAUCGAACAUGGACACACAAAUGUUAUUACAGAUAUGCAUUGGCUUCCGGACUUCUUGGAGCUCUCCAGAACAGGAGUUCCAUAUGAAAAUAAAAAUGGAUGUUGCAUACAGCUUGUCACAUGUUCUCCUGAUUGCAACGUCAUGUUCUGGGACAUUCGAUUACUUAAAGCACCUGUCCAGUCUGCAAGUAACAAAAGAAUCAUAGAAGAGAAACAUUUUGAAAACCCAUAUGCUAUACCGGAAACCUUCAAACACCUAGACCUUACCUGGAAACCUUUUAUCAAGGCCACAAUACCCAAGGCUGAAACCAAUGGAGACUUCAGUCCUCUUAAAAUAAGUCUACGGGAAGAGCAUUACCACAGCAAAAUAGAAAAACUUCAGACUCAAGGUACAACUGAGAAGACAGAGGGGGUUAACUAUGGCAAUUUAAGACUUAUUUCAGCUAAAAAUCCCAAACCCCUGGAAGACUUCAAUACAAAUUACUUUGCUGGAACUGAACAUGGUGAACUUGUGUAUACGGACUGGAAGAUGGAGAAAGAUGGUGAUACUGGAAGGCUUAUUAGUUCCAAACCAUUAAACCGAUAUCUUGUGCAUGAUGGAUUUGUUCAUACUCUUCAGAGAUCUCCGUUUUACAAAGAUGUUAUUCUCAGCGUUGGUGGGUGGAACUUUGCAAUAUGGAAAGAGGGUGUAAAUAGCGGGCCAAUUCUUCAGUCUUACUGCUGCCAGAACAGAUACACAGCAGCGCACUGGUCCCUUUCAAGACCAGGUGUCUUCUUUAUUGGCAAAGAAGAUGGAAAUGUUGAUAUCUGGGACCUAAUGGAAAAGACUCAUGAGCCAACUCAAACUCAAAACAUUUCAACAGCAAGGAUCACCUAUAUUAAACCUUGUAUCGCCACACCAAAGCAACACUUUCUGGCAGUGACCGAUGACAAUGGGACCCUGCAUAUAUUAGAAAUCCCUUGGACAUUACGUCAUUCCUCUGUUCAUGAGAAUUCCAGCAUUCAGCGUUACUUUGAAAGAGAAGUCAAACAUCUGGAAUAUUAUGACCAGCGUAUAAACUUCUGGGCUGCAGAAAAAAGAAAUUUAGAAUUGAAGGAAGUCAACAAAAAUGAAGAAAGCAGCCCACUUGCCAAAACAAAGGAACAACUUGAGGACCACUUUCUCAAAGAAUAUGAGGCCUUCUUGGAGUUGGAAAAAUCACUUAUGGCUGAACUUGUCAUUAAUAAAGUGUCAGAAACUGCAUCAGACUGACCAGAAGGAAUACAGUUUUCAUAUCAUAGUGUUUAAUAUAUAAAUAAUAGAUUUUACACCUAUAUAUUUUCAUUUGAAUACAUUGCAAAGUGUGUGAUUUUCAAUUGUUGAUUUACUAUGUAAAAUAAAAUACAUUUUUGCAAUGACCGAUCAGA